GUUGGCGUUUCAAGAUUAAGUUAUAUUUAAUCUUUAACAUAAUCAUUUUUUGUUUCUUUCUCAUUUGCAAUACCAAAAAGAGAAAGCUUACAAUUGUUGUUUUUGUCUGCAUUGUUGUCAAAUCGUACGUGAAUAUGGUAUAUCAACUCAAACAAGAAACAAUAUUAAUAUUAAUAAUCUGAUUUAAUUCCUCUACCCGUGUUUCCACAACAGAAUUACAGGAUUAACAUAGCUGUCGAUAUUGUUCACAUAUAAUUCGUAGCGGUGAAUGAAAACAUCAAACAAUUUUACAAACUAGUAGGAAGAGCCGAAAUUAACAUAAAACUGAUUUUAAAAGCCUUCCAACAAAGAAAGAAAGUAAAGAAUGGGAGUAAUCUUUUUGUUAUAUUUAGCCCCUUUACGAUAAAAUUAACAGUAGUAUCGCUGUUCUUGUCUUACAAAAGUACUAAAAAAAUACUUAGGUACUCUAUGUCAAUACUUUCAUGUGUAUGUUAGAUUUGAUAAAGUUGGUAAUUUUUAAUGAAGAUCCUUGAAUUUAUACGAGCCUACAUACAGGACAGCAACAGGAUUUCAGAAUGAUCAAAUUAAAAGUAUUAUAGUAAGAAACCCACUUGUUUGGAAUGUUAUAGCUUACAACAAUACUUAUUUAGAUCUUUUUUCGCAAAACAUAAGUGUGUAAAUGAUAAUAAUAUAUUUGAAUACUUUUCCAGAUAAACACAAUGGAACAGCUACAACAUCCUCCAACAAUACCGCACCUGGUGCAGGUCUACCAACCAACAGUGUCAAACACUAAAAUACAGAACCCUCAAAUCAUACACAUCUCUCACCCAGGGCUGCCAGCAUCACAGGGCAAAGUAACAUACCAGCAAACAAUAACAUCAGAAUCUAUUCACAUACCGGUCACAUCUCAACAUGUUACUGAGAUACAGAGUCAGAUACAAAUGUCACAGAAUCAAAUAGUGAUGUCCUGCCAGCAAGGGCUGCACAGUAUUCAGCCCUUACAUGGUCAAGUCCAGUCCCAAGUACUACAGAGCUCGGACAUGACGCAGUCUCUUCAGAUUGCCUCUCAUGUGAUAUUGCCGCAGCAUAUGUUGGUUAAUGGUGUGCAGUCGUACUACAGCCAGUAUGAGUACCCGAAAGAGCAGUGUCUGCUUGCUAAGUUAGAGCCUGAUCUACAGCUAGUGGAGAAAGAUAAUGAUUGUGGAACAGACAACUCACAAACAGAAACAGAACUUCAGAAGAAAAGGUCUCGCAGCCAAGUCCCGGACCCGACAUCCUGGGCAUGCAACGUGCGCAAGCUGAAGCACCAGCGAGGCGAGGCCUACAUCAGCAGACGCGGCAAGUUUGUACCAGAACGCCGAAUACGGAACACUAAAGACUGUGUCAAAAACUGCAAGUUCAAAUGCAAUGAAAAAAUAACAGAUGAAGACAGAGAACACAUUUUCAAAGCUUUCUACUCCUUAAAUGCCAAUGAAAAGAAAUAUUUCCUUCUAAACACCACUGAAAGAUUGUACAUCAAACACAACAAGGUGUCGAACCAUAAAAGGAAAUAUACAUUUAAGUAUUUCUUCUUAGUCAAGUCUGAUCGGCAUACAGUCUGCAAGAACUUUUAUUUAGGAACCUUAGCUAUAUCACAGAAGCCAGUAUACAACGUUCAUAUGGGUAAGACUGAUUUAAACAUGCCAAAACCAGAUGGACGGGGCCAUUCGAAGGCAAGCGCACAUUCGCUCCCCUCGGAAUCGAAAGAUAAAGUCAGAAAACAUAUACAAUCUUUUACGACAGUCGAAACAAAGCCCGUCGUACAAUUUUCUAAAAAGAAACAGUACUUAGAUCCAAGUUUAAGUGUGAAACAAAUGUAUAACAUGUACUUUAGUGAGUGUAACAAAGAGAAUGCGGUGCCUGUGAAGGAAUCAAUGUACAGAAAGAUAUUUAGACAAGAAUUUAAUUUACAUUUUAGGAAGAUGAAGACUGAACAACAGCUGUGUGGUAGAUGUAAGAGUACUAUUAAGAAAAAGUGAAAUCAAUCCAGAGAUCUUAUGGAAAUUAUUUGAAAAUGGGCCUUUGGCCCAAAACCAUGAUAUUCAGGUUGAUAUUCCAGUUGCGUUAGCUUUCGACGUUGCGGCGAUUUAAUUAAUUGUUGUGCGUCAAAACAUUCGACGUGGAGAUCUUGAUAUUGGUUCACGGUAAUCGAUUAAUGUGAAAUUGAUAAAUUUAAUUGGUUAAACGAGUAAAAUGUCGCUAGCAAUAAAGACUUCGUAAAGACAGCGUUGGCCUUUUAAAAAUCAAUGAUCAAGUGGUGGAAAAACUAACAAACCUUCAUGGUGUGACUCAGGAAUUGUACAAGAUACGCAAUGACACAUUUUUGUAUCGUUUAUUCAGCUGGCUUGUCAAACCAUUAUUCAUGAUUUUGGUAAACCCAUCCGGCCAAAUCAAAAUACAUAAUACGCUACGCAUAUUGUAACAAUGUAUUAUAUUGUAAUGUGCACCAUUUUUGUGUUUUAAUGAUGCAAUUAAUAUGCUCAUGCUUGACGCAUCUUGACGAAAAGAUGGCAAAGACCUUUCUAAAAGACUGUCAAUAAAUCAAUCUGUCUUGAUUAAUGACGGCAGGAAGCAGGUAAAAUGUAGCAGCGUUUCAAAUUCGCUGUCUGUUGAUUCAUUUUUGUACGAUUUUUCUCUGUCAAUGAAUCUGAAUUAUAUCCUAUCCUAUAUAUUAAUAUUGAAUUACCUGCUUUCGUAUUGAGUUCGAAAUAAACGACAAUCUUGAGAGAA